AUGUUCCAAGUUGGCGAUAGCGUCGUCUUCGAGAUGACUGGCUCGCGCAUCGAAGGGCUAGUGCAGCAGAUCACUCAGCAGGACUGCUAUGUACAGAUCAUCGGUACACGAUGCUCCGUCACACUGCCCAUGCGACGUCUCAAGCCACUCGUCUUUGGACGAUUCACUACCAGCGUCGAGUGA